AUGGCUGCUCCUCUUUUCAAGCGUCUGGUGCGCUUCAUCCCAAAGUCGUCCCCCUCGAAGAUUCUGAUCGGACAACCGAAAUCCGAUAGCGUGGACGUUGGCAGAGCGCUUUAUCAAGGUCAGGAUGUUGCGGUUGAAGUAUUUUCUGGAAACUCGAUGCUUUCUCCGGGAGAGAAUACGUCGGAGAUUGAGUCUAUUGGGAAAUUGCUGUCGCCCAUGAGCCAGAGUGAAGUUGGCACUGUCAGAUGCAUAGGCUUGAAUUACAGGCAGCAUGCACUGGAGGUCAAGAUGGCAUUCCCAGAAGUCCCGGUUGUAUUCAUGAAGCCUGCGACCGCGGUGGCCGACCCGUGGCCGUCACCGACGACGAUCCCGUUACUCAGUCAACUCAGCAACACAGCUGACUACGAGUCAGAGCUGGCAGUUGUGCUUGGCAAGGACGCGAAGAACGUGAAGGAGGAAGACGCGAUGGACUGCGUUCUUGGAUAUACGGCCGCGAACGACGUCUCCAGUCGAGGACCGCAGUUUCAGCAGAGUCAGUGGGUUUUCUCAAAGAGUUUCGACGGGUCGUGUCCUCUUGGUCCUACUCUUGUUUCCAAGUCUCUUAUUCAGAAUCCAUCAGCUUUGCAGAUUAAAGGACUGAAAAACGGCCGCGUAAUGCAAGAGAGCUCUAUCAGUGAUUUGAUUUUUGACAUUCCCAAAAUCAUCAGCUUCCUGUCGCAGUCGACGACGCUACCUGCCGGAACUGUCAUCUUGACCGGUACGCCCGCCGGAGUUGCAAUGGGCUCGUCUACGGCUGAAUAUCUAAAGGACGGCGACACCUUUGAGGUCGAGAUCUCGCCGCAUAUUGGAACGCUGGUCAAUGUUUUUGAGAACGAGUAA